UCGGACCUUUUAGCGACAAAAGCCGACCCAUUUGCGGCAAACUCCUUACUCAGCGACAACGCUGAAGCAGAGUUUGUGAGUCUCUCUAAAGCAAGAACAGAUGCAGAAAUUUAUAGCAAGAGAAAGCAACAAAGAAAUAGUAGAAUCAAUCGAUAAUUCGACAAGAGAUACUGAAAGACGAACUCGUCCCAUGAGACUGAAGAACAAGAAGAACAAAGCCCUUUACUUCAUUUUGAUUUUGGCGGUGAUUGUUCUAAUUUGUGCGAUUGGGUUCUGGGCUGGAUCGCCAGAGCGGCUGACGGAGAUGAACACUCUUGGUGGGCUGCGCAAUAUGGCCAAAAACAGCGCUGAGAUCGAGAGAAUCGGACGGUUUGCCGUUCAACAACAUAAUAACAAUCAGAACACUUUCCUUGAGUUUGCGAGAGUGUUGGAGGCCAAAGAACAGGUCGUGGCUGGCAAGAUGUACCAUCUAACUUUGGAGGCAGUUGAUGGUGGUGAGAAGAAGAUGUAUGGAGCAAAAAUCUGGGAGAAGCCAUGGAUGAACUUUAAGCAGCUCCAGGAAUUUAAGCAGCGAAGUAAGCCAACUCGACCAAGAGAAGAGUAACUCCACCAGUAGAAUAGCCAAGAUGAAGGAGCCCAUGAUAGCCACAAUGAUCAUCAGCAAUGGACCGAAUGCGGUAACAAAAACAGACUUGAUGCAUGUAAGAGUUUCUGUUUGGAGAAAUGAACUUACAGCAUAGGCGGCAGCCAAGAGGUUCAUGUCGAAGCCGAUGGCCCAAGCGUGUGGUCUAUGCUCCAUCACGAAAGUGAGAGCAAUAGCUUGAAGUGUUC